CAUGGGUUACGAGGACCUAAGUACCCAGCAAACAAGCCCAGGGGAAAUAUUUAGGCCAUAGGAAGGGCCGGGCGGCGCAUGAUAAUUAGUGUGUUGCAGGUGAUUAGAAUCGGACAAGGUGUAAACAAUCACGAUCAUGGAGGAUUAAAAAGGUGGAAUAUUGCAGCUCUUUGUUACGCAUAAUUACCUCCCAUGACUCCCCGCCCUCAGCACACGCCUAGCUGACACAGGGAGGGCCAGAGUGGGCUUGGAGGCAGUGAAAUAAGCCCACAACCGUCCAUGAGUAGCUGCGUGAUGCCUCCAAAAGGGCUCGGAAAGGCGGUGAGCAAGAAGUGUCCAGACUGCAGGAAACAGGUACCAGUAGCCACAAAACACUGUCAGUGUGGGCAUCAGUUCUUUGAGGAGCGCCGGAGGUCCACUGCUUCCAACACCUCAGAAAUAGAAGAAUUGGAGGAAGGUGCACAAAAGGACAUGAAGCCCAGCCGGGGCUCUGCCUCGUCCAGCACAGGUGGUGGGGCUGUGGGUAUUGGGGCUGGAGCAAGCAAAACAGAACUUGGCUCACCAGCUCCUGAAGGGAAACGGCGCAGCGAGAGAGUCAAGAGAGAGAAACCAAACUUUUAUGAUGCCCUGGAAUAUGACAACCAAAUGAGGAAGGCUCGCAAGGAGAGGCAAAAGGAGGAGCCACCAAACCCCACCGGCCGUGUGAAGAGGGAACGCAAGGUGAAAAACAACUCGGAGCCGGAGGAGGAUGAAGAUGAGGAGCCAGUGAAGGAAAAGAAAAAGAAGAAAAAGAAGAAAAACAAUAACAAUGGGGAGAAGAAGGAAGAGGAAAUAGAUGAGGACAUCAUGACGGGCAUCAGUCCUGAAAAGGAGCGCCAGUAUUCUAUUGUCCUCUCAGACAUAAACUUUAAGCUUGGACUGAACAACCCAAAAUUUAUUAAGAUAUAAAGCCACUCAUUUGAUUUAGAUGUAAGAUGCAAAGUCACUCAAGACUUAUACUGUAUAAUAUGUUUCCAUGUUUUUAAUAAGUUUCAGUUUUUAACAGUGAGGACUUCUUAUGAUUAGCAUUUUCCUUUCAGCCUACAACUUUGUCUUGCCAACCUCCCCUUUACCCAUUAUUUAGCUACCUCUUUCUUUACCCCUCUUCUACUUGUCAGUAUCACUACUCAAGCAAUCCCAUUACUACAGAUACAAUCUUUAUCCAAGCUAAACUUUGUGCACCAGUUUCCUGAAAUUACCUGUUGGAGGUGUGUGUGACAAAUUUCCAUUUGCUCCAUGAAAUUCAUCUCUGGCUACUUGUUCCCUUUUUAUCCCAAUCUUCAUUCUCAAAUAUUCUAACAUUUUGCCUUCCCCUCAUCUUGCAGCCACCACAUGUACCCUGCUUAUCAUCCAUCUUCCAUUGUAAAUACACCCAUCCUUGUACAUAUAAGGUUCACUGCCUAGCCAUAUGCAUGUGGCUGUUAUGAUGAGUGUGCAGCCGCACAGUGAUUUAUUUUCACUGAACAUUUACUUUGUAUUCGUUGGAAAUCAUGAGAUUUACAAUUGUUUUUGUAAUUAUCCUACUUCAUCAUUUUUCUCACUAAUUAUAACCUAGGUAUGUACCAGUACUUAGCUUUAGAGCAAUUACUUGAGUAUUGCUUAUUUUUGUAUUAUAAAUGAAACUAGUACAAAUGAGUCGAUAUAAAAGGCUAUUAUUCUUACAUGUAUAGAAUAAAUUCACAUAAAGACA